AUGGACAGUGUACGAGAUGACAUGUUGCUCAAAACAUGGAGGCGGGACUCCAAGGCUCGGCUAGGUCAGACAAGUGGUGCAAUUGAUGAUACUGGAGCAAACACAUUCAACAACAUGAUUUUUGUGAAUUACAAUAUGAAACGUGUGUAUGACAUGUUGGGGGAAUUUUUGACUUGGAUUGCUGAUGUUAGAGAUGGAUUAAUUGGGAGUUAUAGUGAUGGUGUUUCUGUGGUUAGAUUACCUGAUGAUAUUGUGCUUAAGAGCGGUGGUGAUCCGUUAAGAACUAUCAUAUCUAGCACAUAUUCGUUGUUUCAUAGUGAUAACUUUGAUUUGUCUUACUUGGAUAAUAGGAAAAUACUUGCUCCUACUUUAGAUGUAGUUCAUUCCAUUAAUGAAUACAUGACUAAUUUGAGGGUUGGAGAUGGUAAACUGUACUUUAGUUCAAACUGUUCUUGCAGAUAUGAUUCAAGUAGCAGUUUGAUCAACGAUAUUCAUACUCCUGAGUUUUUGAAUAGUUUGAAGUGUUCUGGUUUGCCAAAUCAUGACAUGUUCUUGAAAGUUGGGACUCUGAUUUUGUUCUUGGUUAAUGAAGAUGAUGAAAAAUUUGUUCUUGGGUUUUUCUGUUCUUGGCUUUUCCAGAUUUUGUUCUUGGUUAAUGAAGAUGAUGAAAAAAUUGUUCUUGGUUUUUCUGUUCUUGGUUAG